AUGAAGCGGCACGCUAUUUUGUCUGUUAGUUCCAACGUCCCCAGAGCAGUGUUUUUGCAUUUGAAGAAGGGUUCGGGCACCAACCAGCGCGAUUUCAAGAUCCAAGUCGUCAUAUCCCUCGUAUUCGGACUGAGCGCAUUUCUCUCGUUUUGUGUACUUCGACCAAAAUGGACCAGCCUCUAUCAUGCCCGGAAGAAGCAGUCUGGCGCAGCCUCAGGACUUCCAGACCUGCCCAAGUCGAUGUUCGGCUGGAUACCUGUUAUAUACAGGAUCUCUCAAGAGGAGGUCCUCGCUUCUGCCGGUCUUGAUGCCUACGCCUUCCUCUUGUUCUUUCGAUAUGCCAUCAAGUACCUGUCGGUCACACUCUUCUUCUCACUCACGGUCAUCCUGCCGGUCAAUUACAAAUAUACGGGUCAACCAUUCUUCUCCGAACCGCCCUACAAUGAGACGGAUCCCCGCGAAGGAUACCAGCCAUUCUUCAUUGACGGCUCGAAGAACCCGAAGAAGCCCUUGAUCGAAAAGAACACCAGCUAUCUUUGGAUGUACGUGAUAUUUGUGUACUUCUUCACACUCGUGGCAAUAUAUCUCUUGGUGCAGGAUACCCAGAGCAUGAUUCGGGUCAGACAAGCCUAUAUGGGCACGCAGUCUACCAUCACCGACAGAACGUUACGUUUGUCAGGAAUUCCAAAAGAUAUGCGGUCCGAAGAGACCAUAAAGGACUUCAUCGAAGGGCUCGAGAUUGGCAAAGUGGACAGUGUCAUGCUCUGCCGAAACUGGCGCGUGCUUGACGACCUCGUGUCUAAGAGGAUGACCUAUCUGCGCAAGUUGGAAGAGGCAUGGACAGAGUAUCUAGGACAUAAACACUCUGUGCGCCGUUCACGAGCUCGACAAAGGGUGAAUGAUCCCGUUGGUGAUGAAGAGGAGAGUGGCGCGCUUCUGUCCAGGUCUGAAAUGGACCAUGCUCAUGCUAUGCCAGCAGAUCGGCCUCGCCCAAGCGUCACCUUGCGCAAGAAAGUCGAUGCGAUUGAUUACUAUGAAGAGAAGCUCCGAAUGGCGAACGAAAGGGUGAAUGCUUUGAGGACUGCGGAAUUCAAGCCGACGCCCCUUGCUUUUGUGACCAUGGAGACUACUGCGUCCUGUCAGAUGGCUGUGCAAGCCAUCCUUGACCCAAAACCUGGGCAGCUCCUGGCUACUAUCGCUCCUCCUCCCGCGGAUGUUGUCUGGAAGAACACCUAUCUAUCCCGAAACCAUCGCAUCAUUCGUUCCUGGGGCAUCAUGGUCUUCAUCGGACUUUUGACCGUUUUCUGGGCUGUAGCUGUCGCUCCUCUGGCUGGUCUGCUCAGCAUUGAAGUCAUUGACGAGAUUCUGCCCGGUCUUGCGGCAGCUCUUGAAGACCAUGAGAUCAUCCGCUCCCUGGUCCAAACCGGUCUCCCGACGCUGCUCUUCUCGUUAUUGGCUCUGUCCGUACCAUAUUUGUACGACUGGCUGUCCAAUCAGCAAGGUAUGACUUCUCAGGGAGAUGUCGAGCUGUCCGUCAUCUCCAAGAACUUCUUCUUUACCUUCUUCAACCUAUUCAUUGUCUUUACAAUUUGGGGUUCGGCAACGAACUUCUACGAGUUCUGGCAAGACUUGCGCGACAUUCUUCGCGACACUGCCGGGAUCGCAUAUGCAGUGGCAAAAGCCCUAGAACAACUCUCACCCUUCUACGUCAACUUGAUUGUCCUCCAGGGAUUAGGCCUCUUCCCCUUCAGACUGCUGGAAGUCGGCUCGGUCGCUCUCUAUCCUUUCUACCUCAUCAGCGCUAAAACACCACGAGACUAUGCCGAGUUGGCCUAUCCACCAAUUUUUAGCUACGGCUUUUACCUGCCACAGACGAUGCUCAUAUUCAUCAUCUGUAUUGUGUACAGCGUUCUGCCUUCGUCUUGGCUGAUCACCCUGUUCGGUCUCGUCUACUUCAUCAUUGGUGGAUUCAUUCACAAAUACCAAUUGCUCUACGCGAUGGAACACCGACAACAUUCCACUGGCCUCGCUUGGCCCAUGAUCUGCAAUCGAAUCAUUACUGGCUUGGUGCUGUUCCAGGUUGCAAUGACUGGCAUCUUAGCGCUUCGAGGUGCACUGACUGCCUCGGUGCUUCUGUCGCCUCUGUUGGCCUUUACUAUCUGGUUCACGGUGUACUUCCAACGCACUUAUCUCCCUCUGAUGAAGUUCAUCGCACUCCGGAGCAUCGAUCGGCCCCCUGGCACUCCAGAUAUAGCUACGCCAUUCGAAUCUCCAUGGGAUAGAGAUACUGAUUACGGACGAACCGUUGACACCCACCCUGAUACCGGACUUCGCUAUAUCAACCCCAACCUUGUACAGCCGUUAGAGACACUAUGGGUCGGGAAGCCUGGAAGUUAUCGCACGGAUGACACUUGA